AUGAAGUACACCGUUGCUCUCAUCGCCGCUGCCGUUGGCGCCAACGCCUGGGCCAAGAACGUCACCUACGUUACCGAGGUCGUUUCUGCCUACACCACUUACUGCCCUGAGGCUACCGAGAUCACUCACGGCACCAAGACCUACACUGUCACUGAGCCCACCACCUUGACCAUCACUGACUGCCCUUGCACUGUCACCAAGCCCGUCAUCACCACCUCGGCUGUUGAGUGCCACAGCUGCACUGCUGCUGUCAGCACCCCCGUCAACUUCCCCAACUCCACCGUUGCCUCGCCCACUGGCGGUGUCACUCCCACCAAGCCUGGCAACCCCGUCCCUACUGCUGGUGCUGGCAAGGCCGCCGCUCUUUCUGGCGCUGGUCUGGCCGGUGUUGUCGGUCUUGCUGCUUUCAUCCUGUAA